AUGAUGUUAAAUGUAUUAAAUUAUUUAUUGAAAAAUUUUGUUUUAAAAAAAAAUAACUCUUAUACGAGAUAUAAUAUAUUAGAAAGAAGAUAUUCUAAAAUUACUAGUGUUAACAUAAAUAAUUGGAAUAACAUUCAUAAAGAAAUAAUAGAUAAGAUUAAUGAUUGUGAUUUCGUCUCUAUUGAUGUUGAAUAUACAGGAUUACAUUUAAAAGAUGAAAGAUACAUUUCUAUUGAUUCAAGUUAUGAAGCGCAUUGUUAUGGUGCAAAGUCAUUCUUUCCAUGUCAAAUAGGAAUAACAAUUGCAAAAAAAAAUGACAUAAUAGAAAAGAUAAAUAAUCCCAAAGAAAAUAAAAUAACAAAAAAAAAUCUACAUAAUAUAAAAGUUAUAAAUAAUAUAGAAGAGAAAAACAAAGGAAAUGACAUAAAUAAUUAUCAGGAGUGGAAUAUAUCUCCUUAUUGUAUUUAUGUUUUUCCAAAAGAAAAUAAAUAUUUUAGUGUAUCAACUACUACAUUAAUUUUUUUAAAAGAAAAUAAUUUUGAUUUUAACGAGUGGAUAUUUAAUGGUGUAAGUUACUUAAGACCAAAUGAAGAAGAAGAAAAAAAAAAAAGUGUUAUUGAAAAAAUAAAUGAAUUAAAAAGCUUAUUGAACAAAUGUAAUACAAAAACCAGUAAUUAUGAAGAAAAGAUUGAUAUAAAUAAAGUUAUUAAUGAAAUAGAAAAUAAUAAAAUUGUUGAUGAAGAAGAUAAAGAUGCAGUUAUUGAAAUAAUAAAGAAAAUUGGUAUAUGGCUAAAUAGUAGUAGCAGUUUAAACAUAAAAAAUAAUUGCCCUAAUGAAAUAGAUAAAAAAAAUAAUAUCAAAAUAGAAUCCAUAAAUUAUAAAAAUAUGCAGGAUUCAGGUAAAUCAAAGGAUGAGAAAGAACUAUCUUCAAAUGUUAGAAAUACUGAUAUUGAAAUAAAUGAACUUAAAAAUUAUGACCCUUACAACAUAAACGAAAAUUGCACUUCUUCAUAUGACAAAAGUUUGGAAGAAAAUUUUGCUUAUAAAAAUAUUAUGAGCAAUAAGAUCAAUAAAGAUGACAAGAAUAACGGUAACAAUUCUAAUAAUGAUGAUAACAGUUCAUUUUGCUAUAAUCAAGAUAUCAUUAACUACGAUAAAGAGAAUGAUAAAUUCGAUGAAGAUAAAACUAAUGAUAUCUCUAAUUAUCCUUUAUACAUAGAAGUAGAAAAUCCAUAUCUUCGACUACUUGCACAUACGUUAAUAACUAAAUAUUUUAAUUCAAUUUUUUGUAUAUCAAUUAAAGUUAACGAUAAAAAGCAUUUAGCAAUUUAUAGAACAGAAAAAGAUUCGUACAAAGAACAAAUAAAAGCUUUUGAGUUAGAAAUAGAGAAGAUAAAUAAAAUUAUAGGUGUAAGAUUAUUAUUUGAUGAAAUUAUAAAAAAUAGGAAAAUAAUCAUAGGUCAUAAUUGCUUUUAUGAUAUUCUACACAUAUAUCAGACAUUUUAUCAUGACCUACCAAAAUCUAUUAAUGAAUUUAAAAAAAAAUGGACUCAAUUAUUUCCAUAUACAUUUGACACGAAAUUUAUAAAUGAAACUAAUGAAUAUUUAUAUGCAUUAAAUGGACCAGCAACAUUAAAAGGUUUAUGUGAGUAUAUGGCUUCUUUAAUUUCUUCAAGUAAUGAUUUUGAUUUUUUUUUUAAUUUUAUGAAUGAUUAUUUUGAUCUCCCAAAAUGUUUUGUUCCAUUUAUAAAUGUAAAAAAUAAAGUAAUUUUUAAUCAAAAAAUAAAUAGUAAUAAUAAUCUCAUAGAAGAAGAAUAUGUUAAAGAAAAGAAAAAAAGUAAUGAUGAAAAUAACAAUGAAGAAUACGUAAGUAUAGAAGAAAAAUAUAAUAAUAAUUACUCUAAUAGAAACACAUGUUCUUUUAUAAAUAACUCAGAUGAAAGGAAUAUUCUAAGUAGUGAUGAACAUAAUGCUGGUUACGAUAGUCUUUUAACUUGUUUACUUUUUAUAUUUCAAUGUCAUUAUAUUUUAAAAAAAAACAAUAUAAUGUGGAAAGAUAUAUAUUUUUACAAAAAAAAUAAAAUAAAUGAAAAUUUAAAAUGUUUUUUUGAUAUUUUUUUAAGUAUGUCUAAUAAAAUAAAAAUUGUAAAAACACAACCGAAUGUUGUCUCUCUAACUAGUACAGAAAAUUAUGAAAUGGCAAGACACUUUUAUAUGUAUGAUUAUCCAAGUUAUUUUAAAAAAUGGGAAAUAAUGAAAAUAUGGUCACCAAUAUGGAUAACAUUAAGUAAGGUAGAUGAUCAAUCGUGCUGGAUAAUAGCAAAAAGUGAUGAUGAUGCUAAAAAUAUAAAAAUGAUUUACAAAAUGUUAAAAAAUCCUCAGUUUAAAUUGUGUACAUAUGAAGAAUAUUUAAAUAAAUUUAAAUCAAAAUAA